AUGUUUAUUGUGCUUGCAUUUCUUGGAAUGCUGUUUGUGUUGCAGUCAGAGAUGAGUGAACCCAGUGGAUCUUCAUCUUCAAAGAAGGAUGGAAAACAGCCAUUAACUUCGGGUACUAAGAGAUCUCUUCCACCAGGCACGGAUUAUGGAGUACAACCAUCAACUUCGGGUACUAAGAGACCUCUUCCACUAGGCACGGAUUAUGGAGUACAACCAUCAACUUCGGGUACUAAGCGUCACGACCGAGGAUCUUUUCAAGGUACGGAUUAUGGAGUACAACCAUCAACUUCGGGUACUAAGCUUCACGACCAAGGAUCUUUUUUUAAAGGCAUGGGAGCACAACAAUCAACUUUGAGUACCCAACUUCGCGACAUAGAAUCUUAUUUACUAGCCUCAGAUAGUGAAGAAGAAUUAAUUUCGGAUACUCGGCUUCGCGACAUGGAAUCUUAUUUACUAGCAUCGGAUAGUGAAGAAGAAUUAAUUUCGGAUACUCAGCUUCACAACCUGGAAUCUGUUUUACGAGGCACGAAUAGUGAAGUACAAGAAUAUAUUUCGGGUACUCAGCUUCACAUCCAGGGAUCUUUUUCACCAGACACGAACUCUGUAGGUUCUCAGAGAUCUCUUCCGGUAGACACGGAUUAUGGAGUACGACCAUCAACUUCGGAUACUAAGCUUCACGACCGAGGAUCUUUUCAAGGUACGGAUUAUGGAGUACAACCAUCAACGUCGGGUACUAAGCUUUACAAUCAAGGAUCUUUUCUACAAGGUACACAUUUAGGAGUACAACCAUCAACUUCGGGUAAUAAGCAUCACGACCAUGGAUUUUUUUCACUAGGCACAGAUCAUGGAGUACAACCAUCAAUUUCGGAUACUCAGCUUUACGAUCAAGGAUCUUUUUUACAACAAUCAAUUUCGGAUACUCAGCUUCACAGCCAGGGAUCUUUUUUACAAGGCAUGGGUCAUGGAAUACAACAAUCAAUUUCGGGUACUCAGGGAUCUUUUUCACAAGGCACGAAUUUUGAAGUACAAGACUCAGUUUCGGGUACUCAGGGAUCUUUUUCACCAAGUAUGGAUUGUGGAGUACAACAACUAGCUUUGGGUACUCAGCUUCACAACCAGGGAUCUUCACAAGGCACAAAUUUUGGAGUACAAGAAUCAAUUUCGGGUACUCAGGGAUCUUUUUCGCACAGCACAGAUUAUGGAAAACAACAAUCAGUUUCGGGUACUCAGCAAUUUUCCCAGUUUGACGGAGCAGAACAAUCAAUUUUGGGUACUCAGCUUCACGACCAAGGAUCUAUAUCACAAGGCACAAGUUAUGGAGGUUCUCAGCUUCAUGACCUGGGAUCUUCUUCACAAAACACAAAUGAUGGAGGUUCUCAGGUAAAAUUGUAGCUCAAGACUUUAUUUCAUAUUAUUAUUAUUCAUUUCAUUAUCAUUGCUGCAAUUUUCUUAGCUUCACAACCAGAGAUCUUUUUUACAAGGCACGAAUUUUGGAGAUUCUAAGGUGAAAUUAUACCUUGAUAUUUCAUUUCUUAGUCCAGUUUGGUUUGUUUGUUUUUUUGGGUGCGCGUGUUUGUGUACAUGUUUGUCCCAUCUAUUUGUAUAUAUUCACGUUCUUCCCAGAUUAUGUGAUGGGAAUUGUGUGAUUAUUUGCACAAUAUAGUUAGUGAAGUUCUGU